AUGGGGAGACCUCCCAAGAGAUUCGAUGAAUACUAUCGAUGCUACCCAACAGUUAUGCUGCCCGGGCCCGAAAGACCCAGUCUUAACUAUGGCGGCAAGAUUUUCAUGCCACCCUCUGCUCUUGAGAAGCUCAGCAAGCUACAUAUCGAGUAUCCUAUGCUCUUUGAGCUGAUUAACGGACAAAUGGACAAGACCACCCACGCUGGUGUUUUGGAGUUUGUGGCUGAAGAAGGAAAGGUCUAUUUACCACACUGGAUGAUGCAGACCUUACAGGUCGAAACAGGAGACCUCCUAGAAGUCAAAUCCACAAGUUUAGCACCAGCUUCCCUUGUCAAACUCCAACCCCAAUCUACAAACUUCCUUGAUAUUUCCGACCCCAAGGCUGUCCUCGAAAAUGCUUUCCGCAACUUUGCAACUCUCACACAGGGCGAUGUCUUCAGCUUCGAAUAUAACGAUACGAUCUACGACGUGGCAGUGCUCGAGGUCAAACCAACCAGCGAGAAGAUGGGUGUCAGUAUGUUGGAAACCGAUGUAUCUGUCGAUUUCGCUCCGCCAGUAGGAUAUGUCGAACCAUCCUCUAACAAAGGAAGCGGAACCAGCACGCCGAGAAGCGGGGCAGGUCUCCCAUCUGGUGGAAUGUUGCAUAGUCAAGGAACCAUGGCACAAGCCAUCAACUACGAUGCUAUCGCUCCAUCUUCUAACUCCGCCGCUAUGGGUGCAAAAGCCGUGUCCUCUAACUUCCUUAUCGGUGGCCACAAAUUAAAUUCAAAGAAAGGUGGAAAGACCCCUACCCCACAACCCUCCACGCCCGUAGCUGGCACAUCCACGAAUCCUCCAGCGCCUGCAAUGAGAAGAACAAAUGGACCACAGCCGCUUCGCCUGGCACCUAAUAAAUUGUUCUUCGGUUACGAGAUCAAGCCAGUGAAGACGCAGGCGGAUAAUGAUAAAGAGAACGCGGACGCAAAGCAACCGCACUUCAGUGGGCAAGGCCAGACUCUGAGAGGUGGUGUUAAGAGAAAGGGCGAUGUCGAGAAACCCGCCGAGCCGGAGAAGAAGCCCGAGCCGAACGUUGGACGGAGACUUGACGGCAGGCGGGUAAAUUAG